AUGUCUGAAACAGUGAGAAAUGAGAAAGUCGACAAUGAGCCCAUUUUGUUGAGCGAGGCCUCCAAAGAUGAAUAUCCUACGGGUUUGACCCUGUGGCUCCUUGUUGGGUCGGUCAUGAUGUCGGUCUUCCUGAUCGCUCUGGACCAGACCAUUGUCGGUACUGCCAUUCCAAAAAUUACUGAUGAAUUCCAUGGGCUUUCAGAGGUCUCUUGGUAUGGAUCAGCAUACUUUAUGUGUCUCGGCGGUUUCCAGUCCUCCUGGGGCAAAGCAUACAAAUUCUUCCCCUUGAAAUCAACCUUUCUUGUAACCCUCUUUCUAUUUGAACUCGGCAGUCUCAUAUGUGGUGUUGCACCAAACUCGAACACUCUAAUCGUGGGUCGCGCCAUCUCUGGCGUCGGCGGCGCUGGAAUCGCGACUGGCGGAACUACUAUUAUUGCCUUCUGUGCUGAGCCAAAAAAGCGGCCGACUUUUAUGGGGCUACUUGGCAUCACCUACGAUGUCGCUGCUGUGGCAGGCCCACUUCUCGGCGGUGCUUUUUUAGAUAAAGCGACCUGGCGCUGGUGUUUCUAUAUCAAUCUUUUAAUCGGAUUUGUCGUUGCGGUCAUCAUUGUGUUCUUUUUCCAUCUUCCAAGUGCUGUGAAGGUUCAAGCGGCUACUUGGAAAGAGAAGGUGUUGCAGAUAGAUCCAGUGGGCAUCGUCCUUGCGAUGGCAUGCAUUAUUUGCUUCAUUCUCGCGCUCCAGUACGCGGGAACCACGCACGCCUGGAGAAGCAGCGAGGUGAUAGGCCUCCUCGUUGGAUUUGCCCUAAUUUUUCUGGCUAUGAUUGCUUGGGAAUCGUACCAGGGUGAAUACGCGAUGCUAGUGCCGAGACUAUUGAAGCAGCGUGAUCUCUGGGCUGCAUCGCCUUACCAGUUCUUCUUCGCUGGCUCAUUCCUUUUACUUCUUUACUACCUCCCUCAAUACUUCCAGAGUGUUAAGGGAGCCGAUCCCAUUCAGUCCGGUGUGGAUAAUCUACCUAUGGUGAUUGCUAUCGGAAUCCUUGUUCUCGCAGGCGGUAUUACCGUCACCGUCACCGGUCGUCCAGCGCCAUUUAUGGUUCUAGGCGCGGCUAUUGCGACAGUCGCGAGAGCAGCUAUUGCGUUUCCAUAUCAGAACUGCCUCAACAUUGCCCACGCAAAGGUCGAUGCUGAAGAUAUCUCCACCGUCACUGCAAUUCUGUAUUUCUUUCAAACACUUGGGGGUGCGUUCAGCAUCUCGGCGGCCCAGUCGGCAUUUGUCAACCGGCUCAUCACUACUUUGCCCUUGACUGCCCCUGGAGUCGAUCCGCUAGCCGUUUAUGUUACUGGUUCCACGGAGCUUCGAAUUGUAUUCCCUGCAGAAGAUAUCCCUGGUAUCAUACUUGCGUAUAUGCAAGGUAUCAAGGCCGCAUUUGCCGUUUCCAUUGGAAUGUUUGGAACCGCUAUUGUGCUGGGUUUAAUUCUUCCCUAG